AUGGAUUUCAGGUUUCAUCACAGGAAAAGGCAAAACUCCAACUUUAUGUGUCUGGAUCAUCAUAAAGCAGAAGUUUAUUACGUCUCUGCAGUGAUCAGUGAGUUCGCUCUGCUGUCCACCACAUCUGCUCAGAGCUUCUCUGCUCAGAAACCUGAUUUUCCUGUUGUCUCUCCUGAUCAACUUCAGUUCUUUGAGUACCGAUCUGUGUCUGUCUCCUGCCCCAGGGACAAACACAUCAUGAAAAACCUUCAAACGUUGAGUCCAGCAAAUGAGUCGGACGUCUGCAGCAUCCCAGCUCCAUCCUGCACAAUCGAUCCUACCUUUGAAAAACACACUGGAGAAUACUGGUGUGAAAACGAUGAGGGCCAACGAAGCCAGGCUCUCAACAUCUCUAUUACAGAUGGUCCUGUAAUCCUCAAAUUUACGGCUCGACCCGUGAAGGAAGGAUCUGAUGUGAUUCUUCAUUGUAUUAACAAGAAUGAUGAGAAACCACAAACAUGUGACUUCAUCAAAGAUGGCGAGAGCAUUAAAACCACCUAUGAUAAGAGCAACGUCCUGACGCUUCAUAAUGUCUCCACGUCUCAUGAAGGAUUCUACAAAUGCAGCAUUUCUGGAGUUGGAGACUCUGCAGAAAGCUGGCUGGCUGUCGUCAAACCAGGAAAUGAAUUUGAUGAUGAGGAAGCUCAGCCUGUGCGGUAUCUGACCCCUGUCACCAUUUUGUUGUGCAUCUUCGGAUCCUUGCUCUUGCUAGCUGGACUGAUUUUCUUCAAGAAACACAAAGCCCUGAAACAUGAGGCUGCUACAGAUCUGAACAGUGUCACUUAUGCUGUUGUCAACAAACCAAGGAGGAGAAACGGUGGAGAAACCAGAACCGACCACCAAGUCACGUACGCUUCUGCUGCUAUCAGACCGACAGGCCGGGAGGUUUGUGCAGCUCCUGUCAAACAAUAUUCAUCGGGACAGGAGCCGGUCUAUUCUUUCAUCGCUAAAUAAUCUGUGUCUUUUUUAAAUAAUACUUAAACAAAAUACCUGCAAUUAGUAAAUUCACAAAGUUACUCAGCUUGUCUCCAAAGCUUCAAAAAUAAUGAAGAAAAUAAUGACUGGCAAUAAUGAAGACUGUCAUUUCUAAAUGUUUCAAAAUACAACCUCAUGCAGUGGAAUGUCAUUUAAAAAAUAAAGAAAAGCAGUUUAUCAUGUCAUCAGGUUUUAUAAGAAGUGGUAAAGUUUAGAGUUUUGAUUUUCAUAAUGUCAAUUUAAAGAAAAGUUUAAUUACAGCGAGUACAUGACUCUUAAGGAUUUAGCAGCUACUGGUGUAUUUUUCUUCUUCUGUGGUAUCACAGAGAAGUGGUUCCACUAAGCUGAAGUGAAACUCUUUUGUUUCUACGAAUGUGAAGCAGGAUUUUGGGAAGUGGGAUUCUUUACUCUUAUAUUGACCUGCAAAGAAUCGUUCACCAGCUAUUAUUGUUUUAUUAUAGUGGUUUUAAAACAUGACCCCACUGUCAUGAGAUCAGACCCAGAUAUUACAACUGAUUAAGAAAAUAUUGCCAAAAGCUCAAUUUUAACAGAAUUGUUGCAGAAUAAAUAACAUUUAUAUAUGUUAUAUAUAAAUUCAAAUAUAUAACAAUAUUUUAUUUUUUUUAAAAAUGUCUGUUUAAACAUUAAGCGGACCACUGCUAUAAUGGAUUUUCUUUUUGCAUUAUGAAAAUCAAUCUGUUCUCAGAUCAUAUAAAGCCAAACCAAUCAGGAAAGGUGAACCUCAGGGCUCAUCUUUAGGACCUCUCAUUUUUCUGUCAGAGUUUCUCAUUCACUUCUCUGUCAUUUCCAGAUAAAUGCUGACAUCAGUCUGAUACUUCAUGUAUAUGAGAAAGCUGUCAGUUUAAACUAUUUGGAUUCAUUUUAAACUAUUUCUGGAAAGGUCAAAACGUGUUACAUGGUGUGAAGUAGAGACUCGAUUAAGCUCACCUUUCAUUUUGUUACCUUGGCAGAGGGCUGAAUGUUUACAGAAAGAAAAGAUUUAAGACUCAAUUACUGUGAAAAUAUUUUUAAUGUGAAAUCCUAAUUUACUAUGAAACCCAGACUGACAUUGUGGAAUCAAUUUAUUAAGAAGCCACUUCUCUAAGUGUCUAAAUUAAAGGAGGGAAAGGCCACACACGCGCGCGCACACA